AAAUAAACCUAUAAAAAGCAAAAAGACAUACUCCAGAAGUUAUGUAUAGAAAUUAAUAGCAGAGAAUUCAACAAAUUUACUGACAAGUUUAUUUAUUAUAAUCAGUGAUAAUAAGUUAUAGAUUUAAGACUGAUGAAUUUAUUCCGGCUGGUUCUUUAAAUUUUUAUACACAGUAGAUCUAGUUCACAGACAGAAUCAAUCUCACUAAUAGGAACUCAAGCGAUCGUGUCAUGGCUACAUCUCGACGUUGACAAGGGUUAUGAUACUAGAUCGACAUUGAAGUAGUAGAUCAGCGUUGAAAUUGGCCAGAUCUAAAGUCACCGGUGAAGAUUGGUAGUGAAGAGAGAAUAGAUUGCUGAUGGAGGAGGAGGAUGGUGGCUCCGGCGGUAUUGAAGAUAGCAGAUGGAUGAUGAAGGAGGAGCGGUGAUGAUGGCAAUGAGAGAGGAAGAUGGUGGUGUGAAGCAAGCGACGGAAACGAUGAGGGAGGAGGACGAGGAUGGUGGUUGAGGCAAGUGAUGUUGACGACAACGGAGGAGAACGAUGGUCGACGGAGAGAAACAAUGGUACCCACUUGAUGUUUCGCAAAAUGGAGUGGUCGAGCCGGAGCAGGAGGCAUCAUCCGAUCAGAUCAGGGUGAAUGGAUUGUGGGUUUUAAACAUCAUGUGGGUCAGUCAACAGAAUUGGUUCUUGACUCUUUAUUAUUGUUGUUGGAAUCCUUUAAUUGAUACUAGGGCAUUGAUUGAUUUGUCAUCGUAACAGUUAAGUAAGAUUUGAUCAAAAAUAUUGAUUUGGAUAUUCGUUCCUUGUAUAGUCUUCAUUCUUUUAACUCUUUGUUUUGAAUUUUUAUGUGAGGCUACAACUAUUGGAUAGCUUGUUGUCUGGACUUCAUUUUAGACACUUGAUUUGCCCAAAACGGUGAUCGGACGAGAGAAUUACAUUUGUUUGAAAUUUGAGUGCUCAAGCGCAACUUUGGUUGCUCAAGCCGCACCUGAAUUUUUUUUGGUCCAUCUUAUUCAAGAUGAAUCAAGACUUUAUGUGACGAAUGGAAUACGAUCCAAUAGCCAAAACUCAAACUGUGGGAUUUUGAAGAAAAAUUUGGAGUCGCCACGUAACAUAAAAUUCAGUACGAUGCAUCUAUCAUGCGAUGUGCGGAUGAGAUUGAGCUAAUAGAUACCUCUACGAGAAAUUGGGGCUGCGGAGCUGUAGGCUAUUUGGAGUGGGCUGCAAUUGGCUUGGGCUGCAAUAUAUCUUCCUUCUCUGGUCAAUGCUGAAAAUUUUCUUCUUUCUUCUAGAGUCAAAAAGAUUCAAGGCUGUUGUCAUUCGAAUUGAGAGUCCUGGAGAUGAUGCUUUUGCAUCUAAUUUGGAAGUUUAAUUUAGGAAAACUAUAUGAAAAGAUUGGCUUCAAUAAAGGGAUCUUAUCAACAAGAAGAUUUGCAGAGCUUACUGUAGCUGAACAUGGACCAUUCAGAUCAGAUGAAGCAAAACUCUUUGCCAAGUCUGCUCAGAAUGCAUACAAACAGUUUAGAGACAAGGCGGCAUAUUCAAGAUCAAUGAUUGUAGAUAAGAUGGAGGAGGUGGCACAGGGGAGAGUGUGGACUGGUAAAGAAGCAGUUUCACAAGGUUUAGUUGAUGCUAUUGGUGGGUUUUCUCGUGCUGUUGCUAUAGCAAAGCAGAAGGCUAAUAUACCCCCAGGUAGAGAGGUUACUCUUGUUGAGCUAUCAAGACCGUCCCCAACCCUGCCGGAAAUCUUAGUCGGCAUUGGUAACACCGUGGUUGGGGUGGAUAGGACAUUGCAAGAAUUGCUGCAAGACUUGGCAUCUUCUGACGAAAUUCAAGCCCGGAUGGACGGAAUCAUGUUUCAGAAACUGGAUGGUGUUUCGAAUUCCAGUCAUCUCUUCACUUUGAUUAAAGAUUACUUGAGUUCCCUUUGACCUCUUAUAUCUGUCUAUCCAUCGUCUCAAUUUCAGGUGUUUAUUUAUUUAUUUUUAUUUUUUGUAAAAAUGUAGAAGAGGUGAGCCACUUGUCUGCUUACUGAAAAUGUUACUAUAAUUUUGCACUUUAUUUCUCCUUUUUCAUUUUCACUUUUUGUGAGAGAGCUACAUGUUAUUUGUUUAUUGUUAAUCUGUAGUAGAUUAUU